CAACAGUGCCUCCCGCGCCACCAGCCAGCUCGUGUCAACAAUGUCGGGCUCGCGCAGGAAGCAGCUCUCUCUCCUCCUUUUCACCUUCCUGCUCGGAUUUCCGGGCGCCUUAGGGACCAGCCUGGAAGUGAUGGAAGAAGAAGAGAUAAAGCAGCUGCUGGUCGACGAGAAAUACGUUGUCAUUCUCUUUAGUGACACUCCAGAAUGCACUGGGAAGUGCAAAGACCUUGAAGAUACUCUAAUUGCUGUGCGUGAAGACAUUGUUGAGUCCCUGAAUGCUUGGGUCGUUCGUACCCACUCACCAGCCCUUGCCAAGCAGUACGGACUGACUGCUGUUGUAGAAGAGAAUCCUAAAAUAGAGCCUGGCAUCAUUUUUGUAAGAUCUGGAAUACCUAUGCUCUACAAUGGGCCAGCUGAUGAUGAUGAGUUCCUGUUACACAUGUUUGUAUCGAACUUGGAUUCGGUUGUGAAAUCCCUCGGCGAUUCUACCUUUGAGCACGAGACUCAGGCAUCAACAGGAGCUACAACAGGAGACUGGCUGGUAAUGUUCACACGUGCAGGGUGUGAGAGAUGCACGUACCUCAGGGCAACAGUUGAGGCGGUUGCUGCAAGUAUGCGCAACAGGAAGAAUGUGGCUAUUGUUGAUCGCGACACUGAUGGUGGGCAGACCACGCGAAGAUUUGGUGUGAAGGACUUCCCUUCACUUAUCUUGUUCCGUCUAGGCCGCCUCUACCGAUAUGACUUGCCAAUCUUGGAUGCAAAAACCCUGGAGGCAUUCAUGACGGAUGGCUUCAGAAAUGCUCGAGGAGAGGAAAUUCCCCACCCCAAGACACCCUUUGAUGACUUCACCGAACAGUGUGCAGACUGGCUGAGGGAGAACCCUAGCAUUGUGAAUGCAGUGCUGUUUGCAGGUGCAGGGCUGAUACUGCUCGUGUUUGUGGCUGCAGCUACCUUUAUGAAGUCCUCAGUAUCCAAAAAAGAGAGCAAGAAGAAAAAAUAACUGAGAUGGCCAAGAAAGCUAAGACACACUUUUUAUUAUUGUAUUUUUUUUGUCCUUUAUAAAUGCACUUUUGUGUGGAAAAUUGUUUUUUCUCUUGAAAUGGUUUCAUAGACAUAUGAGGCUAAACAGGUCAUAUCAUUCUAAUCUGGUACUCAUAGUGUUACAGAACCUAAUGGUUAAGAAUUUUAAGAGCUACUUUUUCAGCAAGUAUUUAUGCCAAUAUCCCUUAAAUCUCUUUGUAGAUUAGGAUUAUUGAAUCUUAUAAUUACAUAAUUAGUGUAGUUACUUCAUUUUACAAGAGAAAAAGUUGAUUUUUUUUUUUACAUAAAAGGAGGUUGAAGUAGGCCUCUAAACUGUAAUGAAGACUAUUAGCUAGACUAUUACAAUCACAACAAAGAAAGAGUAUUAGAUGUAAAUAACACCUUGGUGCAAAUAAAAGUGUGCUGCAAUGCAUGUAUUUCCAGAUCUAGAGUACCAGAUCAGAGAGGAUCUACCUUAAUUUUUUAUGUGUGUGGAAGAGUACUGUGUUAUUUAUUUAUAUAAAUAUUUUUAUUUUAUUUUCUUCAAGAUGGUACUGAAGAAGUGCACUGUUGUAUCAUUUUUUUCUCAUUCUUAUCCAGAGACUCCUAUUUACCUCUACAUGUGUCAUUCAGUGUUUUUAUAAUUUCAACUUUGUAAAAAGGAUCUUCUGUAAUUAUAUGUAGAUACUAAGUGCAUGUACUUGAUGUAUUGUCAUUGUAAGAUAAAAAGCAAACCAACAUUGUUUUGAGAUGUCAUUUUGCUCUCUUAAAAAGUACUUAGUGUAGGAAAGAUCUGCUUGUUCAGUGGUUUCCUGUUCAAUUUGUAAUUUUGCACAUUCCUUUUUAGGUGAUGGAUAGCUUUUGCAAACUUUUGAAAGAGAUUAAUAAAUUAUUUUCCAUUAAAUAUA